AUGGAUGACGGUGACCAUGGGAAAGCCGUCAAGAUAUGCUACCUGACUGAGCAGACAUCGCAUCAUCCACCAGUGUCUGCCUUCUUUAUAGAUUGCCCGGAAAGAGGGGUCUCCGCCCGUGGAUUCGACCAGCUCAGUGCCAAAUUUACGGGCACGAGCAUCCGCGUCGCUCCUGGUCAACACAACCUGGGAAUCUUUGUCAAUAUUGAGAAGAGAGAUAAUGAGGAAUACCAGUUGACCCAUCCAAGUGCUCAUCUUGGUGGGCUAUUACGAGGUGCGCUGGCCGUUUCAGUCUCAGAUACGUGUUUUAUCACCUGCUCCAAAACACGCAUCAAGGUCAUUCUACAGUAUCUGGAGGAAGGCUGGAUUGGUCGAGCCCAGAACAAGGUGGAAGGCUUGAUUUUCCGGUAUGACCCGAACCAAGAUACCAUUACUAGAAUUAAAGACGUGCCCGACGGCGAUGUUCUUGCCAGGAUCAGCGGGUCAUGGCAUGGAGAGAUCUAUUACACAGUGGCUGGAACAGCUGAGCCGCGUCUUUUAAUUGAUGUAACGCCUCUCUUCCCAGUGCCAAAGACAUUACCUCCCGAAGAGGAUCAAUUGUCAAACGAGUCUCUCAAAUUCUGGGCAGGGGUCACCAAAGCCAUCAAGGAAAAAAGAUAUAGCGAGGCAACAAGACUCAAGCAAGAAAUCGAAGAGCGACAGCGGGAGAAGGCAGCAGAGCGGCAACAGAAGAACGAAUCGUGGCAGCCGCGGUUUUUCACCGGAAGUGUUACACCGAUGGGAAGACCAGAGUUGACCGAAGAGGGAUAUACAGCCCUGCAGGGUCUUCGUAACGGCGACUAUAAACUGGCGGAAAGUGAAAUUAAAGGUGCCUGA